AUGUCCAAAAAGUCAUUUCAAGACCUUUUAUGUCUUGUCAAACAAGAUCUUGAAGCGCUCUCACAAAGAGGACAUCCAGUUCCCGCAGAUAAGCAGCUCCUCAUCGCACACCGUUAUUAUAUACCACCGGAUCGAUGCAGAUGGUCACCGAGCUCACCCAUCAUCGCUCUGUUCUUCCCCUCAUUUCCAUUAUCUCAUCACAACAGGAGUGGCGGGAAGUUGCGGUCGCAAAAAGAAUCUCUCUUUAGCCGGUGUUUGAUGACAUUCCUGGCCAACGACUUCGACUUCUUGGGCACCACCUUCAUGGCCAUUGACUUCAUUGGCAGAGGAAAGUUUGAUGAUCUCAUCCCCAUGGUCAUCCUUAUCGCCAUCAUAUGGAUUCUCCAAGGGGUUCAGAUCAUCGCCCACAAUGUCGGCAACAUUGGCGCUCAUAGCAGGCAUUGGAUCUUCUUGGACACCACCACUGCUUUUUACGAUUUAAAAUAA